AUGGAGAAACUGGAUAAUGGGUUAAGCUGCCUUUCCUUAUCCUAUGCAUCGGUGUUGGUCAACGAUUCUCCCACUGAUGAAAUCGCCAUCACUAAAGGAGUUCGACAGGGUGAUCCCCUAUCCCCAUUCAUGUUCAUAAUAGCGAUGGAGGGACUGCAUAUUGCAGUCAAAAGUGUUUGUGACAAAGCUAUGUUUCAUGUAAUCAAAAUACCCAAUAACUGCCCAAUUAUAUCCCAUCUCUUCUAUGCGGAUGAUGUAAUUUGUGCAGGUGAAUGGGAUCGAGCAAGUAUCAAGAACUUAUCAGUAAUCCUGAAAUGCUUUCACAUUUCUUCAGGGUUGAAAGUCAACUUCCUGAAAUCCCGUCUAUUUGGCAUGGGAAGCUCAACUAUCGAGUUACAAGGCAUGGCAAGAGUAUUGGGAUGCUUGAUUGGUAGCUUUCCAUUCACGUAUCUAGGUAUACAUGUUGGGGGCGAAUAUGAACCUGCUAAAGCAUUGAAACCCGAUCAUUAA